AUGUUGACCCUUACACUUGGUAAGGAAGAGAGGGGAGGGGACCGGCUGAAGGUUGGACACCAGUGGGUCUUUUGGUUUGGAGACAGACGCAUAUCCCAGGUUCAAGAGCAAAACAUUUUGCCUUUUUUGAAGACUUUCAACAAGUGCUUCCAUGAGAAGAGUGGGAUGACUUAUCGCCAUGGGGUUAUGCAAGCAGUUCAGGUACUUUUGGAGAAUUGUACAAUGGAGAUGAAGCCAGUAUUUACAUCUGAAAUGGAUGCAUUACAUUGGGCAGCUACCUAUUAUCAGCAUACUUCAUCUUCAUCAGUUCCAAAACAUGGCAAUAUUGAUGACACCAUCAUCAAGGAUGCUUCUGCAUUAGUGGAUGAUCUUCAGUCCAUUGAAGGCUUUUGUCACAGGAAUGCCUCAGGACACUCUGCAAGAGCCACUGCGGACAACAUCUGCGCUGCAUUCAAGGGCAACGUCGUUCACUAUUCCACGGUGUCUCGAUGGUUGAAGUGCUUCGAAUCUGGCGGCACGACCUUCAGAGAUCGACCACGCUCAGAGCAUCCAUCUACAGUCGAUGACGAAGCCCUGCGGAACGCCCUCAAUGCGAAGCCAAACUCCACCACUUGCGAAUUGGCGACUACACUUGGAGUCACCCAUAUGGCCAUCGGCAACCAUCUGAACGACCUUGGCUAUUGGAAGGUUUACUCGACAUGGGUCCCUCAUCAGCUCAGCGUCGCGCUCAGCAUCAAUAAUAUGUGCAUAUGUUCUAAACGACAUGGGACUCAUGACCCACCAUGA